AUAUUUGUUAAUUUUGCUAAAAAUUUUGCAAGUGAUGGGUUUUAUAUUGUCCAUUUAGGAGCCACGUGUCAUUGUCAGUCAUUGUGUAUGCUCAGAAUGAAUCAGAAUGAUGGAUUUUAUAAACUUUAUAUUGGCAGUCACUCAGCAUAUUGCCAAUCCAUCAAUAGUCAUUUUCUCCAACUGUAUGGUAGUCUCUUGGUGUUGCAGUGUUAUACUAGUAAAUACAUGAUAGUCUGUUUGUGCUGUAGUGUUCUACUAGUAUAUACAUGAUAGUUUUGUUGGUCCUACAGACUUACAAUGCUCCAUUGUUGUCUUGCAGAGGAGAACAAUAGGGGGACACUAUAGGAACAUGUUUCCUUCCUCUUUCCUCUACUGGUUUGUAUAAAAGUAACAGGACCAGUUUCUAGUUUAUUCUUUGAGGAAUAUUCAGUAUGGUUUCAUCGGCUGAGUUUGAUUCUAAUCUUAUUGAUCUUGUUGGUAUAUAUCACGAGGCUCAUGGAUCCCUCCAAAGGACCAAUGUCUAUGCCAAUGGUAUAAUGCAGGUUAUGCUUUUCCUUUCUGUCAAUUAUCGAGGAGAUGCAACUGGACUCGAGGAGACGAUAAAGAGACAUGUUCAUGAUCAUGCAGUUAUAUACCAACUGAAUGAUAAUAAUGGUUUACAGGAUGAAGUGACUUAUGAAAAAUCCUAUACCAGUAAUGGCUGCCCUCAUGAUAUAGAGUAUCCUGGUGUAAUGAAAAAUGACUCUCCAAAAAGCACCUCGGAUAUCAGGGCCCCCUUUUUCUUCAUUGUGCCAUUUAAUUCUCCUACUGGGACGUUCAAAUGGAUAGGAGAGCUGAACUCUAAACAGACGAAAACACAUUUAACUGUUGAAGUGAGACCGUUUACAGUAUCGGCUGAUUAUUUUGAGAUUGAAUCAAGAGGUUUGUACAUGAAAGCAGAGCUACGGGUUUUAAAAUACAAGGAUGGCAAAUUUGGGGCCAAUCAGGUUCUAUAUAAAGUUACACCCUACAAAGGCAUAAAGUUUGAUGGGGCCAAUUCAUGGAUUGCGAUGGUUGAUAGUAAUUCCGCAAAAGCUGGAGCUUUCGUAGAAUACAGAAACACAAAGCCAAGAGUGGCCGAAAACUCUUAUAUUUAUUCAUCUAGGAACGAGUGGGCUGAAAAUGGCGAUAGGAUUCCUUUCGCUCAUAAAAGACUUACCUCUAGUUAUGGCUGGGAAGAUGGAAUAUACAUUCCAGAAGAUGCUGUAGAUGCUGCCUGGAAGGAAGGCAUAGUCAUGAUAAAAAUAGCACAACAUUCCCUGGGCAUGACUAGAAUUGAUUCCUAUGGUUAUUGGCUUGAGAACUGGAGAGAGUAUGAAUUUGAAAUUUUAGAUACUUUAGGUAAUCGUAUUUUUAUGUCGAUAAACUGGAACGCUGGUGACUGGUUUGGAACAUGGACAGUUCAUCAAGCAUAUCCCGUACCUGCAUGAAAAUACAUCAUGGACCGGCUAUCUAUAAAGAAUAGGACUAAUUUUUCAUAGGACCUUUUGUUUAACUGUACUUAUUUUUGAUAGCUAGGCCUUUUUGAACUAUUUCUGAUAGGACUUUUUUGUUUAAACUAUUUUUGAUAAUAUUGAUAGCCGGAAUUUUGUUUAACUGAAAAUUUAUUUGCCAAUAAUUGUUAAAUAACGAAA